AUGGAGAAAGAUCAAGAAAAUCAGCCGGAUUCAAUCAUGGAAGAUGACCAAGAUUCAGACGUAACUGAGAUGGUGGCGCCGCCGUAUGUUCCCGCCAACAAACUACUGUGGGUGAAGAUCAAGUUUCCAAACAUGAAAAAAAAAAGCAUGGAGGAAGAAGAUAUGGAGGAUGGCCCAAAAGUGAAGGAUCAUUUCCGUUUGGAGUUCAAAAAGAGAUUUAGCUCCGGCAAGGCAUUGGGUGGUCACAUGAGCAGUGCUCAUGUUCAGGGCAACAAAGACUUCUCCCUCAAGAAGUUGAAAUCAAAGAAAAAGAGGCAACCGAAGCAACUUGUGGGCUUAGGUUUUCCUUCUGGCUAUGGCGAAAAAAAUAUUUGUAAAAUCUGUUAUAGGGAAUUUCUAACAAAGAAGUCCUUAUUCGAGCACGUGAGGAGCCAUCCUGACAGGGAGUGGAGGGGGAUGAAGCCACCAGAUGAAGCAGCGACAAAUUUUUUCGAGCCGGAAUUUGGGGCUAUGAAUGAGGUACCUUCACAUGUUCUUGAUGGUGAUCAGCUCACAAGGCUUGUCAAUAGAGAUUCUAAACCUAGUGAAGAUCGGGAUUCCAAGGUUAAGGAAGGUGCCAUUAGCAGCAAUUAUUGCACUCCUGAGGAUGAAACUGAUGAUGCUAAUCAGGACUUUCAUUUGAAUAAGAACAGAGAGAACUUGUUUCCUGUCGGAGAUGAAAGGAACUCUCAUGUUAAAAAGCUGAAAGUUUGGGAAAGAACUGAUGAAAACCCUGGUGGUACACAAUCCGGGAGAGCAAUUCACUUGUCGCGUGAGUUAUCCAACACCCCAAGCACUAGGUGGCACAGAUCAAGCCACAAAAAGUUCAAGGUGAAGAUUUACUACGCCAUUGAUGAUCCGUCUUCAAUUGGAGCUUCUUAUAUUAAAUAUGUAUCAAAAGCCAAUGCUAUCAAAGAAUUGGAAUCUCUUGGAGUUCAAAAUCAAUGCCUCUGCACUAGUGAGUGCAAUCGUUCUGAUCAUGUUACAUCUACAGACGAAGCGAAAAAAGAGAGAACAGUUUACGAUUUCGACCUCAUUGUGACGCCUAACGAUGAUGGCGAAAAGGGGAUGGAGCCUGAUAAUACAGCUAGUUAG